UUUUGAUUGGUUUUUUUUGUCGAUAUAUCUACGUUUAAAUGAAAAUCUAGUAGACAAUGCCAGUUUAUUUGUAUAUUUCUUUAAUAUAAACACCUGUAUAUACAUUAUUCACAAUUACACACUUGUUUAUUUUUGGUUUUGCAUGGUUUUUCCACAGCAUGAAUCACCGAAAUGCACCAUCACGAGAUGUAAAUGAAAAUGAAGACACUUACGUACCGAUGACAAAUUUAAGAGUGCGUAAUACCAAACCUUACCAGAGCCUGCCAAUCAUGAAGCGCACGAAACCCAGAACCAUCUUAGAUGUUUGUCCGCUGGAUGGCAUUACUUUUAAUUUUAAAGACCAGCUCGAUCUCCGCAAGACGAGCAUCGCAUCCACUCUUUCUUACCAGUCAGCGACAUCUUGCGGAUGUCAAAGUAACUCUGAUUCUUCUAGGGAGUCGGAUAAUAGUUUGUACCAGAUACCGUGCGUACCGAAACAGUUCAUGGACUCGAUCCAGCAUUCCGAGGACUUCAACUACUUGAGUGCCAGCAGGGAGUCCGAUCAGAUCAGCGUCUCUAGUACGGCUAGUAGUUGCGGGUACUAUCCGAAGAGGCCUGACAGCGGCGGUAUACCGCUUUACAUUCCUAUGAAUAAUCCAAAAGGAGGACAUAGUCCAGGGUCUAAUAACAAAGUGUCUCCAACUCCUCCCAAAAAGCCCCCUCGUCGGAACAUAUCAAUAUCUCCAACCCAUAUCCAACCGAUGUCGAUGUCAGUGGACGGAGUCAGCAACAGCGCUUACGAAUAUCUCUUUCUGGCACACAGCGGCACUAGAAGUCAAGGCAACUUAAAUGAUUUCGAUAAAGAAAAUAGGAGAGAGAGGUUAAGCCAUGGUAGGAGUAUGGACCAGUAUGUCGAAAUGAACGUCUUCAACAUCGCUCUGGAAGACGAACCAGAACGGCCAAGGUAA